AGUGAUUUUUGUAUCUGCACAUGAACUGAUCUUCACCUACUAAGGCAGAAAGCUUCAAUAUGUUGUGCCAACAACUUUCUACCAAAUGGAUAGCUGACAUCUUUGAUUAUUUGAGGCUGAAUUUGGUGCUAGAUCGAUCUUCCCACCAGGAUACUACUCUUUACCUCUCCAAUCUUGAUGACAUGAUUGGGGUGCGCAUCUUCACUCCGACGGUCUACUUCUAUCAGUCACAGGGCGACGAACCUAUUUCUCAGAUACUCAGGGACGCGCUGACGAGAGUCCUAGUGCCUUACUAUCCUUUCACAGGUAGACUGAGAGAGACAGAGAAUGGAAAGCUGGAGAUUUUCUUUGGCCCCAAUCAAGGCGCUUUGCUCGUUGAGGCCCAUUCGGACGUGCUCUUAGCAGAUCUCGGAGAUUUAUCAGUGCCAAAUCCUGCGUGGAUGAACUUGAUCUACCGUUUUCCCAACGAAGAACAGUACAAAGUGGUGAACAUGCCACUGGUGAUAGCUCAAGUAACCAAGUUCAUCUGUGGUGGUUUCAGCCUUGGUUUGAGAAUCUGCCAUUGUCUCUGCGAUGGCCUCGGAGCAAUGCAGUUUCUCAAUGCCUGGGCUGAAACAGCGAAAGCUGGCUCGUUGGUGGUGAAUCCAAAGCCUUGCUGGGAUCGAGAGUUCUUUCUGCCUCGCGACCCCCCAAAAAUUCAGUUCUCACAUACUGAAUUCAAGAGAAUUGACGACGGUUCCACCUUGACGAAGCAACUGUGGCAAGGCAAGCCUGUCCAGAAAUGCUACCGGAUGAGCCGCGAAUUCCAAGCCCGUUUGAAGAGAUUAGCACAAGCAGGAGGAGAGUAUUCAUGCACAACCUUUGAUGCAACAGCAGCUCAUGUGUGGAGAUGCUGGGUAAAAGCACUGGAUGUGAAACCUCUCAACUACGAGCUUCGCCUCACUUUCUCUGUCAAUGCUCGUGAGAAGCUGAAGGAUCCCCCUUUGAAAGAUGGGUUUUAUGGUAAUGCCUUGUGCGUGGCGUGUGCUACGAGCACCAUAGAUUGCCUCGUGAACAAACGCCUAGCUGACACAUCCCGGUUGGUGCAGGAGGCUCGGUUAGGGGUCUCAGAGGAGUAUCUGAGAUCAACACUUGACUACAUUGAUCUCUAUAGGCCUAAGAGGCUUGAAUUUGGUGGCAAACUGACAAUAACUCAAUGGACUCGGUUUUCCAUAUAUGAGUCGGCGGAUUUCGGGUGGGGUAAGCCGAUAUAUGCUGGCCCUAUCGACCUAACUCCGACACCACAAGUGUGUGUGUUUUUGCCUGAGGGAGGGGGAUUGGCUGAACCAAGUGGAGCAAUGUUGCUCUGCAUAUGCUUGCCGAAAUUUGCUAGCCAUGGAUUCAAAGAAUUGUUAUUAUCACACUGAUUUUCGUCUAACAAGUUUGUGACUGUAUAGCAGCAUCCAGCAUCUUUAGCAUGAUUUAGCUCAUAGCAUAUUUGCCUGUAAUAUAUGAAAUAUUAAGAAGGCAUGUGUUUAUUUGGAUCAGGGUUUUGAUGUGCU